AUGGAAAAAGGAGAAACAAGUAAUUCUAAACAAAAAAGAAAACGUGAAGAGAGUUGGAAUCCUCAUAGUUCUUGGGAAAACUAUGAAAAUGAAACUAUGAAUCAAAGAGGUUAUGCAAAGGCUAGUGGAAAAUGGACAAAAGUUGCGGAAGAAUUUAAACCUUACUAUGAAGAAACUAAAUCUAAAAAACUAUUAAACUUAGACUGUGUAAGAAAUCCAGAGGAUAUACUACAAAGAUGGUCUAAUGAUAUGAUUAUGCUUAUAGCAACCGAUGAAAAAUUUUCUAAGAUAAAUCUAAUGGAUAUCAAGAAUUUAAUAGCUUAUAGAACAACAGGAAAUGUGCUGAAAUUCUUAACAAGUAUUAAUGAUGAAACAUGGAAUCAAUAUAUAGGAAUGGUAGAAAAUAAUAAUCAACAAUUUGCUAAACUAAUAAUGGAAUUAAUAUAUAAAGAAUUCAUAGGCUACAACACUCUUGAACAUAAAACAGAAGUAAAUAAACUUUUGCGAGAAAAGGCAGAAAUUCAUCUAAUUAAUAUGCAGAUAUGUAAUAUGUGUGAAAUAGAUAGUUUCAUUUGUGAGUAUAAAAAAUACUAUUAUGAAUUAGAUAAUGAAACUAGGGAAAUAUAUCGAGGAGUCUUUAUAUCCAAGUUACCAUACCCACUUAGUGCAAAAAUAAGAGAUAUAUGGAAAUCCCAACCAAUUGAUUAG